GCAUAUCAUAUGAACCUUUAAUUAAUAUGGGUUUUGGGUGGUUAACUAAUUAGAUGUCAUUUUGCAGAUCCACACGACUAGCCAGUCUUCACCAAUGCAGGCAUAUAAUCAGGCCAUCAAUGACCUGGACAAGGAACUUGACCAUCUGAAGAAUGCAUUUGAGACUGAAAUGGCAAAGCAUUCAGGGGAAUACUGAUCCAGAAUUGAGAUGCUGAAGGAACUGCUAUUUUGUUCUGGUUUUGAGAUGGAAUGGACAAUGACUUGUGUGGCUUUGUUUUCUUUUGUUGUGAAGUAUGAGUUAUAACUCAUGUACUUGGGAACAAUGCUUUUAUAAUGAAUUCUGUCAAUGAAGUCAUACGGAUGUUCUCCAUCUCAAGCACUAUGUGAAACUAGCAUUGCUUGCAUUUUGUGUCAUAAUUUCUUUAUGGUGUAAAUUUGCCCCAUCAUAUUAGUUGUUGAUAACGGGAACUGUUGAC